AUGGGACGAGUAGUGACUUCUCAAAAUGGGCUCAUUGAACGCAGCACGGAUAAGAUCUUGGAGAAACUUGAGGCUGCCAUUAGCACUCAGACUAAGACCUCUGAGCGAAAAUUGUAUAACAUCUUGGAGAAGCCAGCGGCGGUCGUGAGUUCUCAGACUUUGCUCUUUGAGCGCAAGAUUGACAACAUCUCACAGAAGCUCACGGCUCUCCAACACUUCAAGGUGGGGCUGGUUAACGAACUGAAGAAGAUCCUGAUGUGGCAUGACAAUAGGUCAGAGGUGGACAAGGAUGAGUUUUUCCAGGGUUUUCAUGACAUGGGAACUCCUCCAAAUGCUGAGAGUUUCAUACUAGUAGAACAUCAUGAGAACAGCAUCACCUUGCAGUGGGAUAAAGUCAGCAACAACAUCAGCUUUGUUCUCAGGUGUAAUGAUACAGAGACAGACAUCAGUGUGGCAGAUGAAGAUGGACCAGUAACUCACACAGUCUCAUCUCUCACUGCUGGAACUGAAUACACAUUCACUCUCUACUCUGUGUUUGAGAACGUCAGAAGCAGUGGAGUCAGCAUUACUGCAGUCACUGCUCCUCCAAAUGCUGACAGUUUCAUACCAGUAGAACAUCAUGAGAACAGCAUCACCUUGCAGUGGGAUAAAGUCAGCAACAACAUCAGCUUUGUUCUCAGGUGUAAUGAUACAGAGACAGACAUCAGUGUGCCAGAUGAAGAUGGACCAGUAACUCACACAGUCUCAUCUCUCACUGCUGGAACUGAAUACACAUUCACUCUCUACUGUGUGUUUGAGAACGUCAGAAGCAGUGGAGUCAGCAUUACUGCAGUCACUGCUCCUCCAAAUGCUGACAGUUUCAUACCAGUAGAACAUCAUGAGAACAGCAUCACCUUGCAGUGGGAUAAAGUCAGCAACAACAUCAGCUUUGUUCUCAGGUGUAAUGAUACAGAGACAGACAUCAGUGUGGCAGAUGAAGAUGGACCAGUAACUCACACAGUCUCAUCUCUCACUGCUGGAACUGAAUACACAUUCACUCUCUACUCUGUGUUUGAGAACGUCAGAAGCAGUGGAGUCAGCAUUACUGCAGUCACUGCUCCUCCAAAUGCUGAGAGUUUCAUACCAGUAGAACAUCAUGAGAACAGCAUCACCUUGCAGUGGGAUAAAGUCAGCAACAACAUCAGCUUUGUUCUCAGGUGUAAUGAUACAGAGACAGACAUCAGUGUGCCAGAUGAAGAUGGACCAGUAACUCACACAGUCUCAUCUCUCACUGCUGGAACUGAAUACACAUUCACUCUCUACUGUGUGUUUGAGAACGUCAGAAGCAGUGGAGUCAGCAUUACUGCAGUCACUGCUCCUCAGAAAUCAGAAGGCCUAAUAUCAUCAGGACAAACUGAGAGCAGCAUCACUCUGCAGUGGAAUAAAGUCAACAACAAAAUCAGCUAUAUUCUCCAGUUUAAUGAUACAGAGACAGACAUCAGUGUGCCAGAUGAAGAUGGACCAGUAACUCACACAGUCUCAUCUCUCACUGCUGGAACUGAAUACACAUUCACUCUCUACUGUGUGUUCGAGAACGUCAGAAGCAGUGGAGUCAGCAUUACUGCAGUGACUGCUCCCCCAAAUGCUGACAGUUUCAUAUCAGUAGAACAUCAUGAGAACAGCAUCACCUUGCAGUGGGAUAAAGUCAACAACAACAUCAGCUUUGUUCUCCAGUUUAAAGGUACAGAGACAAACAUCAGUGUGCCAGAUGAAGAUGGACCAGUAACUCACACAAUUUCAUCUCUCACUGCUGGAACUGAAUACACAUUCACUCUCUACUCUGUGUUUGAGAACGUCAGAAGCAGUGGAGUCAGCAUUACUGCAGUCACUGCUCCUUCAAAUGCAGAAAACCUCAUGUCAUCAGGACAAAAUGAAACCAGCAUCACUCUGCAGUGGAAUAAAGUCAACAACAAUGUCAGCUUUGUUCUCCAGUUUAAUGGUACAGAGACAAGCAUCAGUGUGCCAGCUGGAAAUGGACCAGUGAAUCACACAGUCUCAUCUCUCACUGCUGGAACUCAAUACACAUUCACUCUCUACUCUGUGUUUGAGAACCUCAAAAGCACUGGAGUCAGCAUUACUGCAGCUACUGCUCCUCCAAAUGCUGACAGUUUCAUACCAAUAGAACAUCAUGCGAACAUCAUCACCAUGCAGUGGAAUAAAGUCAACAACAAAAUCAGCUUUGUUCUCCAGUGUAAUGAUACAGAGACAGACAUCAGUGUGGCAGAUGAAGAUGGACCAGUAACUCACACAGUCUCAUCUCUCACUGCUGGAACUAAAUACACAUUCACUCUCUACUCUGUGUUUGAGAACGUCAGAAGCAGUGGAGUCAGCAUUACUGCAGUCACUGAAUGCUAUGAGAAUGACUGUAUUUAA